AUGGCCGCUCAAUCCAAAGUGUCCCUCAUCGGGAUCCCCUCGAACCGCACCAUCACCAACCUCGUCCUCCAGCUGACCCAGCUCUACCUCGCCAACCGCUCGCGCAUCUCCCGCGCCGUCUGGAUCACCCUCUUCGUCGCUCUCGCGAACCGCAUCCGCCAUGCCAUCUCGGAACAGAAGGCCGCGUCGGCGCGCGAGGCCGCCGCCCGCGAGACCCGCGCCACCGUUGCCGUGCCGGACGAGGACGUCACCAAGAAGCGCAAAAAGGUCGAGCUGAACCGCGAGUUCUUCCGCUCGCUCAUGCGCCUGCUCAAGAUUGUCAUACCCGGAUGGAGGAGCAAGGAGGCGCGCCUGCUCAUCAGCCACUCCUUCUUCCUGGUGGUGAGGACGUUGAUCAGUCUCAAGGUCGCCGCGAUGGACGGCGCCAUCGUCAAGAGUCUGGUCAAGGGUAACGGGAGGGAGUUUCUGACGCAGAUUGUGUGGUGGAUGCUGAUCGCCAUCCCCGCGACGUUUACGAAUUCAAUGCUUUCCUACCACCAAGCAGAGCUGUCGCUCAAGUACCGGACACGGUUGACGCAGCACAUCCACGAUAAGUACCUCUCCAAAUUGACUUUCUAUGGCAUCUCCGCCCUCGACGACCGGAUAAACAACCCCGAUCAAUUGAUCGCCGUCGACGUCGCCAAGUUCUCCAACAGCUUAGCCGAGCUCUACAGUAACCUGGCGAAGCCGAUCCUGGAUAUGACCAUCUACACCCAUUCGCUAUCCCGCAGCGUCGGUGGCGAGGGAGUCGUCACCAUGGCCCUCCUCGUCCAGCUCUCCGCCAACGUCAUGCGCGCACUCACGCCGCCUUUCGGCAAAUACGUCGCCGACGAGGCCCGUCUCGAGGGCGAGUUCCGCUUCCAGCACUCGCGCCUGAUUGACCAUUCGGAAGAGGUCGCGCUCUACCACGGCCAUGAAGCCGAGAAGGACACCCUCGACAAGGGCUACUUCACCCUCAUCAAGCACGUCAACUACAUCCUCCGGCGCCGCUUCUACCACGGCUUCAUGGAGGACUUUGUCAUCAAGUACUUCUGGGGUGCCCUCGGCCUGCUCCUCUGCUCCGUGCCUGUCUUCGUCAAGAUGCCCGGGCACAUCUCCAUGAACAUGGGCGACCGCACAGAGAGUUUCGUCACGAACCGACGCAUGCUGCUGUCCGCGUCCGACGCUUUCGGGCGCAUCAUGUUCUCGUACCGCGAGAUCAUGGAGCUGGCGGGCUACACGUCUCGCGUCGACUCCCUCCUUGAGGUCAUGAACGACAUCCGCGCCGGCCGCUUCGAGAAGAAGCUCGUGUCCAGCUCGGGAACCGAGAACAACGAGGCCGUCCUCAAGGGCCGCGGUACCGUCGUCGAGAGCAAGGACAUUGAGUUUAUCAACGUCCCCAUCAUCUCCCCCAACGGCGACGUCCUGAUCAAGGCCCUCUCCUUUUCCCUCAAGCAAGGCGACCACCUCCUCGUCGUCGGCCCCAACGGCUGCGGCAAGUCGUCCCUCUUCCGCAUCCUGGGCGGCCUCUGGCCCGUCUACGGCGGCACCGUCUACAAGCCCCCAUUCUCCGACAUCUUCUACAUCCCGCAGCGGCCUUACCUCUCCCGCGGCUCCCUCCGCACGCAAAUCACCUACCCAGACUCCCUCCGCCAGAUGCGCGCCAAGGGCGUCACCGACGCCGACCUCCUCUCCAUCCUGACCCUCCUCGGCCUCGAGCACCUCCCGGGUCUCUAUGACGCCGGCUGGGACGCCGAGGCCGAGUGGCGCGACGUCCUCUCGGGCGGCCUGCAGCAGCGCGUCGCCAUGGCCCGUCUCUUCUACCACCGCCCGCGGUACGCCAUCCUCGACGAGUGCACCUCGAGCGUCACCCUCGAAACGGAGAAGGUCAUGUACGACAACGCAAAGGCCCUCGGCAUCACCCUCAUGACCGUCAGCCAUCGCCGCAGCUUGUGGAAGUACCACAGCCGCAUCCUGCAGUUCGACGGCCAGGGCAACUACGUCUUCACCAAGCUCGACGCCGACCGCCGCCUCAAGCUCGAGGACGAGAAGGAGGACCUCGAGGUCCUCCUGCGCCAGGUGCCCGAGAUCGAGAGACGUAUCGCCGAGCUGACGGCUGCGUAA